AUGAGGAUAGAAGGAGAAAAAGGUGUGAAAACACAAUCCGCGCCAAAACAUUGGCCGCGGACGCGCAAAGUGAUUUUGGCCGAGCAAUUCCAAUCUGGCCGACCGUUACGGUCGAGCCGGGAAGGAACAAGCCGUGCUCGGCCGGAUUAUUCAUCGCGCGACAGAAACGUUCGCGCGGCACACACGAACCGGGAAAGAACAGGCCGCGAUCGGCCGAUUUUCGUAUCGGAACGGACCGACCGUGCGGUCGAUCCGGGAAACAAACGCUCGGCCUCGGCCGAAAUCUCUCGGCCAUUCGAAAUUUGGCCGACCAAAUCGCUCGACCGCGACAAAAUCCAUCGGCCAUCGGCCAAAAUUUUCUCGGCCAAGGUAAGUCCCCUUUUCAUUUAA